AUGAAGAAACAUAAGAGCAUUUUCGAAAAUAUUUCAAAUAUUUAAUUUUAUCCGUGCAAUUAAAAAUUAAAGACAGUUAAAACAGUUAAAAUAAAUGAAACGGAAUGCUAAACUACUUAACAAUGCCUAUCCAACUAAUAAGUACAUAAACAUUUUUAAUAACAAAACAUUCAGUUUAAGUUUCGUUAAAUAAUCCAAUAAUAAAUUGAAGACGUUUCGAAGGUUAGCUUACGCAAGGGCAUUGAAUACGAGUAGUAAAUAAUGUCGCUUGAUUGACCGAAGUUUACCUGCGUUACUCAUAAGACAGAUUGGUUGAUAUAAUUUCCUUUGCCUUAGUCUAACCACUCGACCAGCGUUACUUCCUAAAAACUACUUUCAGAGAAGAGGAUCAAAUUGUCAUGUUUAGACUUCAAGUUAAAUAAAAUUACUUUACUUCCGUAGUAACCAACUGGUUAAAUAAUUAAUAUCUGUAUAUAUAUAUAAGAAAGUCGUCUUAGUUACACCAUUUAUAACUCAAGAACGCCUGAACCGAUCUAGCUGAAGAUUGACGGGGAGGUAGCUUACAACUGGGAGGACAUAGGAUACCUUUUAUCACGUUCCACGAGUAAAACGUGGUAUUUGUAAACGCAACUGACAAUACUCAAAUGAGCAAAACGAAAAAUUUAUAAAUGAAAUCAUCAGUCUAGCCGUUCAUUUGUUAAAAAUGUUAUAACAAAACACAACUGACAUGGAAUAACAAAACGCAACUGACACCUAAACGUACUGUUGUCUACGGUUAAGUACGGUUGAAAAUUUAACAAUUUAAAAUUUUGAAGUUGACCGGUUGAUGUAAUUGUUUCGAGUUUUUAUUAGCUUACUGUGUCGAUAUUAUCAUUAACAAUACCAUGCCGCGACCAAGACGAUCAAAUCUUUCCCGAUAUAGCCUUAAUGCAAGUAGGAUUCGAAACAUUGCGAAUAAAAGGACUGAAGAAUAACAAGAAAUUGCACGUGAAUAGCGCCGCGUUAGUAUGGCUCGACUUCGUGCUUCUCAAUCACAAGAGUAAAGCGAGGAAGCCCGUGAAACGGCACGGUUGGCAAUGCGAAAUCGUCAGGCAAAUCUCAGAAAUCAACAACUAGAUAAUUUUUGACAAACAAGAAGAAAUUUAUCAAGUACUGAUUUGAAUCGAGCAGCAUUUCGAUACGAUUGCAGCACCGAUUACUGCUUGCAUACUAGCGUUCGCAUUGGGCCAAUGGACGUAUUGUGGCACAUUGAAGUUUUCCGGAGAAACGCCAGGAUUGUGCUGCCUUAGUGGGAAAGUGAAAUUGCCAUUAUUGACUCCGCCACCUAAGCCAUUGCAUUCAUUGCUUCGUAGCGAAACACCCGAAUAAACACUCAAAAAUACAAUAGUUGUUUCCAAAUGACUUCAUUUGGGGCAGACAUUAUCGAAGAACGAGGAUUUAAUCCAACAUUCAAGAUACAAGGACAGAUUCACCACCGAAUUGGAUCAUUGCAACCUCUUGGAGAUGCACAGCAUAAAUUUUUACAAAUAUACUUCAUGGACAACAUGGAGGAACAACUUGAUCGACGUCAAGAGAUCAAUGCAGCAAUGAAAACAGCAAUUCUUCGAGAUCUGCAGCAACUACUUCAUGAACAUCAUGCAUUGGUCAGGCUGUUCAAGAGUGCUUUGGAGCGCAUGCCAAAUGAUGAUUACAAAGUCGUGAUUAGAGCGGAUAAACGACCAUCUGGAUCACACGAACGCACAUUUAACGCUCCAACAAUAGAUGAAGUUACCAUCCUGAUUGUUGGUGAAAACUUGGAAAGACGCGAUAUUGUGCUUACACGUCGCGAUACUGGGCAACUGCAACAAAUAUCUGAAACACAUCGUUCAUAUGACACGUUACAAUACCCGUUGAUGUUUUGCCAAGGAGAAGAUGGAUAUUAUUUUAAUAUCAAAAUGAAAAAUCCAUUGGAUGGUGAAACUACCAAGAAAGUUAGCUCGAUGAAUUAUUACGCAUAUCGUUUGAUGAUUCGUCAAAAUGCUGAUAACUACUUGCUGCGGUUUCGUAGAUUACUUCAGCAGUAUUACGUCGACAUGUACGUCAAAAUAGAAACGGAGCGCUUAACUUUCAUUCGGUUGAACCAAGCCAAACUGCGUUCUGAUGAGUAUAUCCAUUUACGUGAUGCAAUUAGUACUGAAGGAAAUGCAGCUAAUAUUGGUCGAUUAACCAUUCUGCCGGCGACGUCAUUUGUCAUUACUGUCGGCCAGAUCUCUUUAUUACUUUUACCUGCAAUCUAAAAUGGAUAGAAAUUGUUCAAUUGCUGCUUCCCGGACAAACAUCAAGUGAUCGACCCGACAUCACAGCCGUGUAUUCAGGCAAAAAAUGCGGUCCCUGAUGAACUACAUUGUUAAACAACGCCUCUUUGGAGAUACUCGAUGCUGGAUGUAUUCAAUCGAAUGGCAAAAACGAGGCCUGCCGCACGCACACAUUCUUAUUUGGUUAGUGGAAAGAAUUCAACCAGACCAAAUAGAUGAUAUCAUAUGUGCCGAGAUUCCCGAUCACGAAGUCGAUUCAGACCUACAUGAUGUUGUAAUUACAAAUAUGAUUCAUGGACCGUGUGGCGCCAUCAAUCCCCAAUCACCUUGCAUGGUAGACGGAAAGUGUAUGGAAACGAUAUCCACGGAAAAUAACGGCGGAGACCGUCACUGGCAACGAUGGUUAUCCAGUGUAUCGGCGUCGAUCACCCGAUGAUAACGGUCGCACUAUCACCACAAAAGUGAAAAGAAUGGAUUUCGUGGUCCACAACAGUUGGAUUGUUCCAUAUUCGCCACUUAUUUCCAAAACGUUCAAGACACAUUGUAACGUUGAGUAUUGCAUCUGGAGAAUGGUCAACGAGUAUAUUUCACGGAUUCAAAUAUUCUUCAACGUGCUAAAACACCUCCAGCGACAUUGACCAGUUUCUUUGCGAUCUUCCAAAGCGAUCCGUUCGCACGAACUUUGCUUUAUUCGGAGAUACCACAUUAUUACACUUGGAAUGCUUCAUCGAAGAAUUUUCAACGACGGAAGUAAGGCGAUACGGUUCUAGGUUAUCCGAAUGUGCGUUCUACUGAUGCUCUUGGUCGUAUGUAUACAGUUCAUCCAAUGAAUGAUGAAUGCUUCUAUUUGCGGUUGUUGCUGGUAAAUGUCCGUGGGCCAACGUCAUUUGAGUCACUACGGACUGUUAAUGGUACAAUAUUCCCAACAUAUCGUGCAUGUGAAGAACUCAAUUUACUAGAAAACGAUACCCCUUGGGAUACGACAAUCGUUGAAGCAAUUAUCUGUGCAUCUCCAAGUCAGAUACGCACAUUGUUUGCUAUCAUCAUUUCGACAUGCUUUCCAUCAAACCCAUCUAACUGUGGCACAAAUACAAGAAUAAUAUGUCAGAAGACAUUUUACAUCAAAUUCGUGUCAGUUCAAGAAAUCCCAAUCUUGAGAUGAAUGAGGAAAUAAAUAAUCGGGCUUUGCUCUUGAUCAAAGACAUGUGUUACCUUAUGUGCGGUAGUUUAUUAGUCAGGUUAGGAAUGCCAACUCCAAAUCGUGAAAUGAAUGACACAUUUAAUCGAGAAUUGGAACGGGAACGUGAAUAUGAUCAUCAGGAAUUAAAUGUAGUAGUUCAAACGUAUGUAACCCUGUUGAAUCCCCAACAAAAGGAAGUUUAUAGUACAUCAAUGAAGGCAAUUGAUGAAGGAAAUGGUGGUUUAUAUUUCCUGGAUGCCCCUGGUGGAACUGGUAAGACAUUCAUUCCUCAUGUCAGUAGUUUUAGCCACUGUUCGUGCGAGAUCCAACAUUGCGGUUGCAGUUGCUUAUUCUGGAAUAGCAGCCACAUUGUUAGAAGGAUGCCGUAUGGCUCAUUCAGCAUUAAAAUUGCCAUUAAAUCUUCAAACUAUUGAAGAACCAACAUGUAAUAUUGCAAAACACUCCGCAAUGGCCAAAGUUUUAUCAGCAUCGAAAAUCAUCAUCUGGGACGGUCACAAUGACGCAUAAACAUGCAUUGGAAGCACUUAACCGAACAUUGAAAGAUCUACGCAAUGACUCGAGAUGUUUUGGAGGCGCAAUGAUUUUACUGUCUGGCGAUUUUCGUCAAACACUGCCAAUAAUUCCAAAAUCAACUGCUGCCGACGAAAUAAAUGCUUGCCUCAAAUCAUCGAAUCUAUGGCGCUAUGUUAAGAAACUUCAGCUAACAACAAAUAUGAGAGUUGCAUUGCUGAACGAUACAUCUGCUGCAGAUUUCUCUGAGCAAUUGCUGACUAUCGGUAACGGUCGAGUGCCCGUCGACGAAUCGAGCGGACUGAUUUCAUUUCCUUCGAAUUUCUGUAAAUUUGUCUCAUCGAAAGACGAACUCAUCAACAAAGUAUUCCCAAACAUUAUUACUAACCACAAAAAUAAUGAAUGGUUGAGCGAGCGAGCAAUUUUGGCGGCUAAGAAUAGAUACGUAGACGACUUGAACUACAUAAUUCUGAAUAAGAUUAUUGGUAUACUGCAUUCAUUCAAAUCUAUUGACUGUGUAACAAAUGAAGAAGAAGCCACCAACUAUUCAAUUGAAUUUUUAAACACAUUGGAUGUGCCUGGCUUACCACCGCACAAUUUACAACUAAAGGUUGGUUCCGUAGUAAUCAUGCUUCAAAACAUAAACCAACCAAAACUGUGCAACAAGGUCAAUCCUUGAGAGUUUGUGAUCUGAAUUUAGAAAAUCCAUGUUUUUCCCAUGGUCAAUUAUAUAGGGUUGUUCGGAAAGUCAUUUCGUUUUUUUUUGUGGAAAUGUAAGACAGUUUUCAUAUUA